UCACUCGUCGAUUAUAAUUCCAAAACGAAGAAGAAGAAGAAGAAGAAGAAGAAGAAGGAAGAAGAAGACAAUGGAGAGCAACGGCGAGAAUAAGAAAGUUACGAUACAGUCGUCAUCGUUCAGGCUUCGAAGCCCAAGCCUAAACGCUCUUCGUCUCCAACGUAUCUUUGAUUUGUUCGACAAAAACGGCGACGGAUUCAUCUCCGUCGAGGAGCUAAGCCAAGCUCUCUCCCGUCUCGGCCUCAACGCAGAUAUCUCCGAUCUCAAAUCCACCGUCGAGUCAUACAUCCAGCCUGGAAACACCGGUCUCAACUUCGACGAUUUCUCCGCCCUCCACAAGACCCUCGACGAAUCCUUCUUCGGCGGAGCAGGAGAAGACGAUGAUUCUUCUUCGCCGGAAUCCGCCGCCGCAAACGAAUCGGAUCUCGCGGAGGCGUUUAAGGUGUUCGACGAGAACGGCGACGGGUUCAUCUCCGCGAGGGAGUUGCAGACGGUUCUGAAGAAGCUUGGGUUGCCUGAAGGAGGAGAGAUGGAGAGAGUGGAGAAGAUGAUCGUCUCCGUUGACCGGAAUCAAGAUGGUCGCGUUGACUUUUUUGAAUUCAAGAACAUGAUGCGCACCGUCGUCAUUCCUUCUUCUUGAUUUCGUAAAACAAAUAUUUUUCCCAUAAAGAUUAUUAUUACUUUUUUUGUUCUUAAUUUGUUUUCAGUUCUUUAUAUUCGCAGAUGUAAAAUUAAUUUCAAUUUA